AUGGCGGCUGCAGACAUUCUCUACUUCACUUUGUGGAUUGCCACAGUCUUCAGCACCGGACUUGGCUGCCCUGAGCUCUGUACCUGCUCGGAUAAAUACGGCCGCCAUUUUGCGGAAUGCUCCUACAAAGACAUGACCGAAGUCCCAGACGGUUUGCCACCUAAUGUUACAACCGUGAGCCUCUCCGCUAACAAGAUCAGUUUGAUACCGUCGGGGAGUUUCGACAAUGUCACCCGGGUGACAUCGCUUUGGAUGGCUCACAAUGAGAUCGUCACCAUUGAACAAGGGACCCUUGCGCCUUUGGUCAACCUGCGUAACUUUGACAUCAGCCACAAUAAAAUCGUAGACUUUCCUUGGGAGGAUCUGCAGAACCUCACAGCCCUGCACAUGUUGAAGAUGAACCACAACGAGAUGGCCCACCUGCCGAGGGACGCCUUCUCCAACCUCAAAGACCUGAGGUCCCUCCGACUCAACAAUAACAAAUUCAUAACCUUGGCUAAAGGGACAUUUGACGGUUUGGUGUCUUUGUCCCAUUUGCAGAUUUAUAGCAAUCCUUUUGCGUGCACCUGUUCGCUUGACUGGCUCAGACACUGGAUUUCAACUAGCACCAUCUCAGUCUCGGAGCAGAAUUUGAUUAUUUGCGCAAGUCCAGAGAAACUUAAAGGGGAAGUGAUCGGGAGAUUGCCUGAGUCAAAGUGCACAAGCCCGAAUGUCACGAUACGAAAUGAACCAAGUAUUCAAAACACAACUCUCUAUGAGGACAGUACUCUGGUCCUGACCUGUGUAUUCAAAGGAAACCCGAAGCCACUGGUCAUGUGGAAUAUUCAAAGCAAAAGCCAGAAGCAAGAGCUGGCUUUGUCGUUCACCGAGGAUGGCUCAGCAGAAUCAAAUGAGGACUCCGUACUGUCCCAUCAUCCUCUUAAAGUCUUUAAUAAUGGGACUCUCGUAAUUUCACACCUUAGGAAAGAAGACGGUGGCAACUACAGCUGCUCAGCCACAAAUGAGUUUGGUAGAGCCGACGAUUCAGUGUCAGUGGAGGUGGUGGCUUCACCAAAACCAACGCCCACAACACAAAUGACCACAACAUCCACUUACACUGAAACACACUCAUCUAGGCACCAAACUACAGAAAAGAUAUCUGUUUUUGAUUCUGUGCGUCAGCUUGAUGUAAAGAGAAAAGACUUCAUGAACAUUGUACCAACUGUCCCGCCCACUGCAGAGAUGAACUCUAAGUCUUAUGAUGAGGAACCAAGAUAUCCAUCACGUGCUAGUAGAUGUGGCUUGACGGCUAACACAAGAUACAUUUCUAGCUAUGUCUUCAACGGGAGCCUGGAUGAUAUCAAGCAGUACACAUUUGACUUUGGUGUCAUUGCAUUGGGGGUUUCAGAAACGGAGGCAACAGUACGACUCAACCCUCUUCUCAUACCCAGACAUAAGAGCGCCAACCGGGCCAUCACUGCUGCCACAUCUGGGAGCUUCCCCACUGACGGCGAAGAGCACCACGGCCUUUCGGACGAAAAAGUCCAUUCCAGUGGCUUGUAUCUAUGCGUCACUGCCGAUCGCAAACACUCGGCUGUGCUGUGGUCGAGAAUCAAGGAAGGCGUCAACACGUACCUUUUCAGCGGUUUACGCCCCGGCACCAACUACUCCCUGUGUCUGACCUACAGAGGGGAGGACUGUGAGGUCCAGGUGCUGUUCACCACCAGGAGAAGGGUGCCAAACCUGCUGAUCAUCAUCUCGGUCAGCAUCUGCCUCCUGACCGUGUCUACCGUGCCUCUGCUCGGCGCGACAUGCUUCCACCUGGUGUACAAGUAUCGCAGCAAGACGUACAAGCUGAUCCUGAAGGCCAAAGACCAGUACCACACGGAGAGGAACCUCACCGCCAACUUUAACAUCCGCGCACCUCACACCGACUCUCAGAGGAAGAUUAAUUGCAGCCAGCUGGACGAGGAGGAGGGGGAGACGGAGAGCGGAGAUGGACAGAAAGAGGCCGAUACAGAAGAAAGUGUGGUGACGGAGUCAUUUACGCUGUCUCAGUGCCGGGGGAAUUUAGAGGACUGUGAGAUAGGAUCUGAGUAUAGUGAUAGGUUGCCUUUGGGAGCUGAAGCAGUGAAUAUUACCAGCAGUUACAAAUAUCCAAAUCAGUAA